GACAAUGCCUCCAACAAUAUGGCAACAAAGAGCUUGUUGUAUGUGGAGAGGCCAAACAUCUUUUGGAGCUCAUGUGCAACUCGCACCAUCAAUUUGAUGCUUGAAAGUAUAGGAAAGAUGAAGAAGUUCAAGAGCACAAUUGAUCAAGCAAAGGCACUCACUAUCUUCAUUUAUGCACAUCAUAAAACAUUGUCUUUGAUGAGAAAGUAUACAAAGAAGAGGGACAUCAUUCGGCCAGGUGUGACCAGAUUUGCUUCCAAUUUUCUCACUUUGCAAAUCUUGUAUGAGAAGAAAGACCAGCUAAGGAUAAUGUCUCAAAGUGAUGAAUGGGAGAAACUAAACCCAGUCAAGAAGACUGUCAAAGGUGUGCAAGCUACAGCCACAUUAGUGAAGCCCAAUUUUUCGAAUGAUGUUGCACUUUGCUUGAGGGUAUUUGAGCCAUUGGUCAAAGUACUUCGCAUGGUUGAUGGGGAUAUCAAGCCAUCAAUGGCUUUUAUCUAUGGAGAGAUCAAAAAGGCUAAGAAAGACACCAUGGUGGCUCUAGGUAAUGUUGAUAAGUCUGGGACUAUUUACAAUUCUAUCAUUGGACUCAUUGAUGUGAAGACGAAGGAUAGGCUGGACUGUCCAUUGCACAAGGCUGCAUACUUUUUAAAUCCCUACUAUAGUUACAAUGAUCCAUCUAUCUUUGAAUCUGAGGAAGUAAUGGAUGGGUUCAUUUCAGCUACUGAAACAUUUUAUCAUGGUGAUUAUGAUAAGCAAAAUCAGGUGCUGAAUAAUGAUGUGCACAAGUUUAAAGAUCAAGUUGGCCACUUUUCCAAAAUGGUUGCUCUAGCUGGUUGCAAGGACUUUGAAUUCAGCCCAGCCAAAUGGUGGGGAAAUUAUGGAACACAGGUUCCAACACUACAAAAGAUGGCUAUCAGAAUCCUCUAUUUGACUUCAAGUGCAUCUGGUUGUGAAAGGAAUUGGAGUUUCUUUGAAGGGGUAACAUUUUAAAUCAAUUAUUCCAAA